UCUGUCUGUAACAGUGAUCAUCAAAGCAGGAAUAAACCUCAUCCUGUUGUAAUUGUGGUUUGAUUUUUUAUUUGUUAUUCUUUAAAAUAAUCUGCUGGAAUGGAACUUCUUUGUGUAAAAGUGAAGAAAGGAAGGUUGAAUGGAGCUGCUGAUACAUUUAACACCUAUGUUGUUUUAAAAGUCCAAAAUCUAAAAAGCACCACAAUAAACAGAAAAGGAAGCGAACCUUGCUGGGAACAAGACUUCAUGUUUGAAAUCAGUGAUGUUGAAAAGGGCUUUGUGGUGGAGCUGUGGAAGAAAGGCUUGAUAUGGGACAAACUUUUAGGUACUUUAUGGAUUCCCCUAACAACUGUGGAAUAUGCAACAGAUGAAGGUUCGGGUGCGUGGUGGAUACUACAUUCUGAAGUCAUAAAAAAUGGAAAUGAAAUCUGUGGCACAAAAAUACCAACUCAACAUGAGAUUUUACUGGAUGUCUACUUUGCAAUACUGAAUGAUUCGGAUUGCAGAAGCCGUGACAGGAGGGUUUCUCUCCAAGGUGCAUGUCAUUCACAUCAGGACACAUGCAGCAGCCUGUCACCCAUGAAAAGUGCUCUCAGCGUGCAAGAAACAGAACUAAGCAAUAAAGAUCAAGUUUGCAUAAGUAGUUUGACAAAAGCAAGAUGGACCAGAGCUAUUCAGAAGACACUGCCAGGAGCCAUGGGGAACAGAGCAGGAUUUUACAGCACAUUCAGGCCUCCUUCAGGAUUUGGUUUCUGAUGAACACACAUGCUUUUUCCUGUCAAAUGAUACCAAAAUAUUGAUAGUUUACAUGUUGAGCACAUCCUGCCUGUCUACAGUCCCAGCUGAUAAAAUGUACACUCACUAAUGAUUCUGUUGGAGAUACAAAUAUUUUUCUGGAUCCGAAAUUGCAUUUUUUGUGGGGAAAGGUUAAUAUAA